AUGAAUCUCCUCGACCCCUACCUGAAGAUGACGGAGGAACAAGACAAGUGUCUCUCUGACGCCCCGAGCCCGAGCAUGUCUGAGGACUCUGCGGGCUCCCCGUGCCCGUCCGGCUCGGGCUCCGACACCGAGAACACCCGGCCGUCGGAGAACGGGCUGCUCAGAGCGGACGGAUCUCUGGGCGACUUCAAGAAGGACGAGGAAGACAAGUUUCCCGCUUGCAUCCGCGAAGCCGUGUCCCAGGUGCUCAAGGGUUACGACUGGACCCUCGUGCCCAUGCCGGUGCGCGUUAACGGAUCUACCAAGAAUAAGCCCCACGUUAAGAGACCAAUGAACGCGUUCAUGGUGUGGGCUCAGGCUGCUCGGAGGAAGCUGGCGGAUCAGUACCCGCACCUUCACAACGCGGAGCUCAGCAAGACACUCGGAAAACUCUGGAGACUUCUCAAUGAAGGAGAGAAGCGGCCGUUCGUGGAGGAGGCUGAGCGUCUCCGGGUGCAGCACAAGAAGGAUCACCCGGACUACAAAUACCAGCCCCGAAGGAGGAAGUCUGUAAAGAACGGGCAAAGCGAGGGCGAGGACGGGAGCGAGCAGACGCACAUUUCCCCAAACGCCAUCUUCAAAGCUCUCCAGCAGGCGGACUCCCCUGCAUCCAGCAUGGGAGAGGUGCAUUCUCCUGGAGAGCACUCAGGCUCCCAGGGUCCCCCUACCCCUCCCACUACCCCAAAGACUGAUGUCAGCUCAGGCAAGGUCGACCUAAAACGUGAAGUAGGCCUCCGCUCCCUGCCUGAUGGUCCCGGUGGGCGACAGCUCAACAUCGACUUCCGCGACGUGGACAUCGGCGAGCUGAGCAGUGAUGUCAUCUCCCAUAUUGAGACCUUCGAUGUCAAUGAGUUCGACCAGUAUCUCCCUCCCAACGGCCACCCGGGCUCCACCAACGCAGCGCCAGUAAGUUACACUGGCAGCUACAGCAUCAGCAGCGGCGGCGCUCCAGUCAGCCCCCAGUCAGGAGGCGCCUGGAUGGCUAAAAGCCCGAACCAGCAGGGACAACAGCAGCAGCAGCACACCCUGACCACCCUGGGGAGCAGCGGGGCUUCAGACGGCGCUCAGACCCAGCAUAGGACCCAGAUCAAGACGGAGCAGCUGAGCCCGAGCCACUACAGCGAGCAGCAGGGCUCCCCGCAGCACGUCAGCCCCUACAGCCCCUUCAACCUGCAGCACUACAGCCCCUCCUCUUCCUACCCGGCCAUCUCCAGGGCACAGCAGCAGCAGUACGACUACCCCGACCACCAGGGGGGAGGCACUGCAACUGCCUCCUCCUACUACAGCCACGCGGGGGCGGGGCAGAGCUCGGGGCUGUACUCAACUUUCAGCUACAUGAGCAGCCCAAGCCAGAGGCCCAUGUACACGCCCAUAGCCGACAACACAGGGGUGCCCUCCAUCCCGCAGAACAGCCCGCAGCACUGGGAUCCAGCGCCGGUUUACACCCAGCUCACCAGACCCUGAGACACUUACAACGCAACACUUUACUCUGGGAGGGAGGGAGGGUGGUUCCCCCGUCAAUCAGACACUUGAACUCAGAAAAAAAAGAAACAAAAGAGAGAAAGGAGAGCUGGACUUGUGAUUGGCUCACGUAGUGCCUUGCUAUUAUAGAAGCUAUAUAUUAUAUUUUUAGAGAGAUGGAAGACUUUAAGAAAAUCCUCUGUGAGGACUUACUGAUUGUCAAUAUUUCUGUAGGUACUGUUUAUGUUUCCAUAAUUUUUCUUUCUUUUUUUUUUUUGAAUAUGCUGGCAGUUUGUAACCCAUGGGGACAUGGGGGUGGGGUGGGCAGAGGGUUAGGAUAAUUAUUUGUACCUGUAGAUAUAAAAUUAAAAAAAAAACAGCUUUAUAUUUUUUUUUAACCAGUUCGGCAACUAACCACUGGCAGUAGUGCAGAUUCUGGUUCUCUGUCAGGUUUCUGUUACUUUUUGUUGUUGUUGUUGUCGUCACUGCUUACUCUUUUUGUGUGCCAUUCAGCGAGUACGGUUUGUAUUUUAUGCUGUUGGAGUCCUGUUGUUGUCUGUUAGGCAAUACAAGAAGAAAGACAGAGACUUUGCCUCCCAGUGCCGCGCUGUCUCGAUGGCGGGGAGGGAGACGGCGACCCCUUGCACCACCCGUGCCUUGGAUUUAAGAUUUUCCCUCCGACGUUUUGUACUUUUUGUGUGUCUGCGCGGCUGCAGCUGAGAUUACGCUUAACUGUCCAACAGUGUGUGCUUGACAGCCACAGGAAGUCACCUUUGACCCCUCCCCCCUGCGGUCUCCCCACUCCCACAGGCUGGUGUCCAGUAUGCACCCCCUCAAACUUUACCCUCCAGGUCGAAUCCAGUUUUAUUUAUUUAUUAACUUUAUUUCAAAGUAAUUAUUUUACAUGCUAUUCUUAUUACUAAUGAAUUGUCCUCUUUACAAUGUAGACAACAUAUAACCCCCCCUCUUUUUCUUUUUUCUUUUUGUUUUCCCAACCCAGGAGGUACGUAGACAAAAUGGUACAUGCUGUAGUCCUCUUUUUCUAGUUUAUUUAUCUUAUCUAAAUGUUUUAAGUAUGUGUUUGCCUUUGUUUCAUGGGUUUGGAGGGGGGACUAUCUAACAAAAUGAUUUUUAUGUUAUUUGUGAAUUUUUCUUUGCGUUGGACUUCAAAAUAUGGUUAAAAGAACUGGAAAAUAGCAUCUCUCACAGUUCUGUUUUUGUUCAUGCAUUCACCAGAGGGGAACAUACAUCCUUUCUGCUCUGCAAGCUCCAUUUCCUUUUCUCUGAGUAUCAAAGAACUGAUGAUUCCAGUAAUCGUUUACCCCCCCCCCCCCCUGCAAUCUUACCAUGUAUUUGUACUGUCUUUAAAGACACUUUUGUAUAUGUAUUUGCAAUAAAAAAGAAAAUGCUA